AUGCAGCACACAAGCGCCAUACGUCAUCUGAGCCCGGCAAUAUUCACAAAAUCGGGAUCCUGGGCUACCUUCCAUAUUGACUCUCAGACACACAUCAUCAGUCUUCCACAUCUUCUUCCGCCCCAUUCAAUGCUCUCGCUUUCAGAGCGUCCCAUUUUGAAUCAUCUGUUCGGUCAAAUCUUAGAAUGGUCCUUAUUUUCUUCAGCAGAUUACUUAUUUUUCUAUCCUCUUUUUCGGUUCUGCCUUGAUCCCGUAUCAUUUUCACUUGCUAUUGCAGAAAAAUUUCUUCAUUUAUCAACCACUAUUGUCUUUCUAUGCUUUACUGAUGGCUCUGCCAGAGUUGUAAUUUUUCUCAACAAAUCGUCUUUCGCCCUCUGA